CUUUCCAAGAUGUCCAUGUGAUGAUUUUUGUGGGCUUUGGCUUCCUCAUGACUUUUCUUCAACGCUACGGCUUUGGAGCUGUUGGCUUCAAUUUUCUCCUCGCUGCCUUUGGGAUCCAAUGGGCUCUUCUGAUGCAGGGCUGGCUCCACACCUUUGAGCAUGGAAAGAUACUCAUUGGGGUAGAAAGCCUGAUUAAUGCAGAUUUCUGCGUGGGUUCUGUUUGUAUCGCCUUUGGUGCCAUUUUGGGCAAAGUCAGCCCCGUCCAGCUGCUCAUUAUGACACUGUUUCAAGUGACCCUCUUCUCCGUCAAUGAAUAUAUCCUGCUUGACCUGCUCCAUGUGAAAGAUGCUGGAGGAUCCAUGACCAUUCAUACGUUCGGUGCUUACUUUGGCCUAACCGUGACUGCCAUUUUGUACCGGCCCAACCUCGAGCAGACCAAAGACAAGCAGGAAUCUGUUUACCAUUCAGAUCUUUUUGCCAUGAUUGGUGGCAUUUUGAAACUGCCUUUCUUUGGGGACCCUACGGAUGAAAACUGCUUUGAAGAUAAUGUCUACUGGGAAGUGCCCGGUGAUGAAGAGAGCAACCUUUACUGCAUGCAUGACUCCAAUGCUAAGCCUGGGAUUAACCCUUAACCUGGGACAUCAACAGACGAAGGGGUGAUCAACUUUUGCUUUUGGAAUUCCUUUUUAAAAAACAACAACAGCAGAAUAAAGGAAACUGAAGGGAAAAAUAUUAUCACUCAAAUGAAGAUUUUUUUUAACAUGAACUUCUGGCACUAAACAAUUAUGCAAACAAAUAAUAAGGAAGUUGAGAUGGGUGGGAUCCCUGGAUUCAUAAGCACAUUGCUAAAACCAAAACAAGUUAUGAGGAAAAAAAAACCUUUGAAGUAAUGAGCAAUACAUUUUAGAGCGUAUUGAUAAAUAAAAAAAUGAGCGAGGCCUUCCCCAUAGAGCUCUUAAAAUGAAGUCGCUGAAGUUUUAGCAAAAGCGUAUAACUUUCCCUAAAAUUGGCUGGUGUAUUUUUUUUUUAAAGGCCUGGAGAUUAGUUUUCUUUUUUAAAAAAAAAAAAAUCGAUAAGGAAAGAAGGCAAAGGAAGCUAAAAAUUACAGCUCCCAUUCUAGGUAAAUUUGUCGAAAGCAUUAGGAAAGAUAAAACUACAAGUCGUACGGAAGAAUGGAUAUGGUUUCUGGGAGGCGAGUGUCACCUCCCCAAUUUUUUAGAGUUUUUUUUUUUUUAAGGAGUCAACCCGAUGGAUCUUUUUCAGCUGGAUGCUUUAGCCAAACAUCUUCAUCAAGGAAUCCAAAGUCAACCUGCCAAUCAAAGGAGAAGACCGUUCCUUUCAUAGAUGUUGUAAGACUGAGAAAAAGAGAAUGAAUAUAAUGCAAAUUUUGCCAAAAUAGGGAUGCCAGAAAAUAAAGUCAUCAAGAUGGAGGGGUAUUUGAAUAAAGUAGUUGCAAAAAGAUCUAGUGAUAGACAGCCUAGAGCAACAAAGUGGUUGACUUUGCAAAUGAUUCCAGAUUAUUCUGGAAUCAUCGGGGGGGUGGGGAGAAUAUGUCAACCAGCCCUCAAAGGGCUCCCAGGUGAGAUUCCUUCUCAUGGCAUGGAAGAACCACCACCUAAGUUAUGUUACAGGUCACUUGAAUGGUUGUCCACAGUCUGAGGAAUAUCUUGACCUACCCAACGGGACACCAGGCUUCGUCAAACCAAUUAAAGGCCUUGAGGCUGCAACACACAACUUUGCUUUCCUAAAUCUGUAAAUGUUGUA